AGGCUUGUAAAAACCAUCAGGGCGUGGCCUCGCGACUGACAGCAAUGGCUUCACAGGCUCUAACGCUGGCCUGGAUGUGUCUUCUAAUGCUUUUGCUGGGAAUAACCUGCACAUCGAAUCGUUCCAUUGUAAAAGUCAAUAAGGGUUUAAAGGUGAAACGAGGCCAGUCAGCCUACCUUCAGGAGGGGGACUUGCAGUUCCACAUCCCCCAUCAGAACGAUGCAUGCAAGCUGGAGGUGGUGGGGAACGAGCCCAUAACUCAGCGAGUAGGAAAACUCAUGCCUCAGGUAUUUGAUUGUGAUUAUCUGGCUGAUGAAGUAAAGUAUGUUCACAAUGGCUGCCCAUUGUUAAAGGAAGACACUGUCAAGCUUCGCCUGUACAGAUUCACAGAGACAGACACAUACAUGGAGGUCUUUUCUAUCCAUGUAGAAAUUAUGGAACCUGACUGCACUAUUAUUAGGUUGGGGUCCAAAUCCCUGGAAGUUCCCGAAUUCUAUGGCCUCUCAAAUGCUGUUGAUGGCAAUGUGGUAUCCUUCCACUAUGAAAGGAGGGCGAGCUCGGAAUGUAGCAUCCAUCUGAGUAGUCGGGACAGCCAUCUGCCGGCCCACGGCCAGCUCGUCACAGGAGAGCCAGAGAAAGCCACCAAGAGAGGGGAUGAGCCGGAGAGCUUCAUCCACCUGCGGCAGCAGCUGGAUAACAAAGCCAGGGCGAUGUGUAAAUCUGAUGAGUGCCUGAAGGGUCUGAAGCUAGUGAAGUUUACCAAAAUUCCCUGUGAUGAUUUCCUGGUGAUGGGGCUAAGGUAUCAGCAUGUAGACCCUCCUUCUCCAGAUGUAGACUACAUCGCAUUCAGACUGGAUCUCAAGGACACCAGGAGUGGAAGGAUAUAUCAGUCUGAACAGGCCUGGAUUCCAGUGCACAUAACUGGUGCAAUGCCCAACCAGCCUCCCAAACCAUCCUACAUGUCCAUGUUUAUUUUGGAGGUAGACCAGUUCAUCCUUACUCCACUCUCCACUGCUACGUUAGACUCUGAAGAUGAAGAAACUCCCAAAGAGCUUUUAGUUUUUAACAUAACUGCACCUCCUGCGGAUGGCUUCAUAACCCAUCUGUCUGAUCACACUCGCCCAGUCUCCUCCUUUACAUGGCUCGAUCUCAAUGACAUGCUCAUUGGAUAUCAACCUUCAAACAUCUCACACAGCCAACGUAGGGAUUAUGAGGUACAGUUUGAAGUUCAUGAUUUUUAUUUUAAGAAGAGCCCACCGAUUACUGUUCACAUGUCUGUAAGGACUGCAGACACAAAUGCGCCCAGGGUGUCCUGGAACAUGGGUCUCAGCCUGUUAGAGGGUCAGUCUCGUCCAAUAACAUGGGAACAACUCCAGAUUGUGGAUAACAACAACCUGAAUGCUGUCCGUAUCAUCACUGUGGAUGGCCUGCAGCACGGAUGGCUAACAGUCAGAGGUGGAAAGAGCUUCAUGUUCACUGUCGCUGAUAUCAAAGUGGGUGUGGUCUGCUAUCACCAUGACGACAGCGACUCCACCACAGACUUCAUUAUCUUUCGUAUCACCGACGGUCACCAUCAGACCCGACACAAGUUCCCCAUCAAGAUCCUCCCCAAGGACGACACCCCUCCUUUCCUCAUUGCCAACAUACUGCUGGAGGUGUUGGAGGGCCAGACGGCUCUGCUGAGAGGCUCCACCCUCCAGGCUUCUGACGUGGACUCCAGUGAUGACUACAUUCUCUUUAACAUUACCUGCCCCCCACAGGCAGGAGAAGUUAUAAAAAUCCCUGGACCAGGGGUGACAGGUUACCCCGUCAGCCACUUUCUGCAGAAGGACCUGUCUCAGUCCAAGGUUUACUAUCGUCAUCUUGGAAAUGAGGUGUUUGAUGAUUCUUUCGAGGUGGUACUGUCUGAUUUUCACGACCCACCCAACCUGUCAGAGCCUCAGGUGGUGAUGGUGCACAUAGAGCCCGUUCCAGACAAACCACCUAAAGAAGUUCCCGGUUCCAGGCGGUGUCUUGUGAUCAAAGAGACAGAAGUAGUCCACAUAACACGGCAGCAGCUUCACUUUGUAGACCAGGAGUCAGCUGACAGGGAGCUGACAUAUACUGUAACUACACCACCUUUCUACGUUCGUCCUAACAACAGUCCAGAUGCAGGGAGGCUGUUCCUGGUCGACACCAUACCCAAAUUUACCAAAGACUCCAACGCACCAAUGCUGAGGCUCUUCACACAGCAUGCAGUGAACUUCUUGAAAGUAGCCUACAUGCCUCCAAUCAUGGACAUUGGCCCUUACCCCGAGCAUAUCCAGUUUGUUCUCUCUGUAACCAACCAUCUAGGUAAAACAGUCGCUGGAAUCUGCUUUAACAUCACUGUACUGCCAGUGGACAACCAGCCCCCACAGGUUAUUACCAACCCUCUGAGUGUAGAUGAGGGCGGAGAGUGCUGGCUGGGCCCUGAACACUUGCUGCUAUCAGAUGUGGACUCUUUAGAAGGAGCUCUGCAGGUGGAGCUUCAAAGGGAACCACAGCACGGGACUCUGGAUCUAGGUGGACUCCUGAUAAAACCAGGACAAUCCUUCACUCUGCAAGACCUGAAAAGCCAUAAAGUUAGGUACAGUCAUGACAGCUCAGAAACUAUACAGGACAACAUUGAAUUCACCGCAACAGAUGGGACCAGUUCAGUCAGUUUUGUCUUGCGAGUGAUGGUAACGCCCAUCAAUGAUGAGGUCCCAGUGGUGGGUACGGGUUUGAAACCAGUUCUCAGCUGUGCAGAGGGGCAGGAAAUAGUCAUCACAACAGAAUACGUCUAUGCUACUGACAAAGACAGCGACAGCAGCAGCCUGUCCUUUCUAAUCGCUCAGCAGCCACAUCAUGGUGUGGUGCUGCGAAACGGUGUAGUGGUUGAUCGCUUCAUCCAGGCUGACAUCACUGCAGGGAUCAUCACGUACAAACACACAGGGCUGGAGAUUGGACUCACUCCUUGCCAUGACACCAUCACCUUCGUCAUUUCUGAUGGAGAGACAGAGACUUCGGCUUUAUGCUGCAGUGGAGGGAAUCCUGCCAGAACCAGAGGCACCGCUCAUCUACGGGACAGUCUGCCCGUGUACGAUCUCCAGAUCACAGUGUUUCCUGUUGACAGCCAACCACCUUCACUAGAAACAGCAGACAUCUUUACAGUGGAUGAAGGUGAGACUGCCCCGAUCACUGUGGCUCAUCUGAAAGCCUCUGACGUGGAUACAGUCGUGGAUGAGCUGGUGGUCAGUCUGAUUUCUCCACCCCAGUUUGGCUACAUUGAAAAUGUUCUCCCCAGUCCUGGUUUUGAGAAAAGCAAUACAGGAAUCAGCAUAGAUUCGUUUUCAUACAGAGACAUCGUUGAGGGCCAUGUUAACUAUGUACAGUCCAGACACCAGAGGAUGGAGCCCACCGCUGACCACUUUAUGCUCUGUGUGUCAGAUGGCAAACACAGCUCUGCCCAUGUCCCUUUCUACAUCAUUAUUAACCCAACAAAUGAUGAAGUCCCAGAGUUUGUGGCUCACAACAUCACAGUACAAGAAGGAAAAAUGAAGCAGCUGGACUCAUCUGUCUUGCAUGCGAUGGAUCUGGACGUUCCCAGGGACAUCCUGAUCUUCACUGUGGUCAAACCUCCUGAACAUGGCAGCAUCAUCAACCACAGCAGUGGAGACGCAGUCAACAAGAAACGAGAAGCCCAGCAUAAAUUCCCUGUUGUCGACUUUACUAUGACAGAUCUUAUAAAUGGUAUGGAUCUGAUGUACAUGCACGAUGACUCUGAGAAUAUGGAGGAUAGUUUUACCAUACAGCUGACUGACGGCCGGCACCGACUCCUUAAACAGGUGAUGGUUAAAGUGCUGCAAGUGAAUGACGAGAGGCCACAGCUCAUUAGGAACAAUGGACUGGAGGUGGAACCAGGAGAAACCAGAGUUAUAUCCAGUGUGUCACUGUUUGCACAGGACAGUGAUACCCCAUCUUCAGAGAUCAUGUACAUUUUUGAAAGGGUUCCAACCCAAGGACUGCUCCAGCUUAAGGAAAAUCAGGACUGGGUCACACUGGUUCCUGGGAGAAACUGCACCCAAGAAAUGGUAGACAUGAACCUUCUGCGUUAUGCAAACACGGACCAUCAUGCUGCUAAAACACAGGACUUCUUUGUCUUCCACUUGCUGGAUGGAAAGAAUCAAUCACCCCCACAGCACUUCCAGAUCUCUAUCAAAGAUCUAGACAAAGGAAACAUUGCCAUCUUUGUGAAGCCAGUGAAUGUCAGCCGUGGUGAUCGUGUGGUUCUCACCACAGAUGUGCUGUUAGCCAUUGAUGGCACAGACAAACCAGAGGAACUUCUAUACAUCAUCACUAGUCCACCUGCUCAUGGACACAUAGAGUACAUAACACAUCCUGGUCUGGUCAUAUCAACCUUCAGUCAGAUGGACAUAGCAGCCAACCUUGUGGCUUAUGUUCAUGAUAACCGAGCCAGCACACCCAAAGAAACUUUCCAGUUUAUAGUGAGCAAUAGUAAAACUAGCCACAAUGGAAGCUUUGAGAUUGGGGUGGAAAUGGUGGAUCGCAUCUUACCAUCUCUGUCCUCCAACAAAGGCCUCACAGUCCCUCAAGGAUCUUCCAUUAUCUUGGGUCCUGACUGCCUGUCAGUGUCUGACUCUGACACGCCGCCCGGCACCCUGACCUUUGUCCUUCUGCAGCCUCCACAGUAUGGCAAAUUAGUUCUAGCAGGUGAAACCCUGACCACAGGUUCUAACUUCACCCAGAGAGACAUAGAGGAGUUGGAGGUGACUUAUAAUCACGAUGGGGGGCCUUCACAGAUCGACCGGUUCUCCUUCACUGCCUCUGACAGCACUAAUCGGGGCUUCCUGCUGGAUGGGCGGUUACACACAGAGCCUGUUUUCUUCACUAUUCAGAUCAAGCCUUUGGAUAAGUCGCCUCCUGAGGUUGUGAAGCUGCUUCCCCUUUGGAAGGCAGAGCCUUUAGGUGACGGCCGAUACGGCAUUUUUCUCUCAUCCCGAGAACUGAAGGCCCGAGACAGCAACAGCAGAGAAGAAGAGCUGAUGUUCUGUAUUGUUCGUCCACCAUACUUUGGUUUCCUGGAAAACAUUACCACAGGUGGAUUUGUGCCACAGCGCUUCUUUCAGAUGGAGCUAAACAAGAGAACUAUUGUGUAUAUCAUCAGUCUGGACACAGAGGCUCUCUCAGACAGCCUGGAGUUCAGAGUGUCUGAUCCGCUGGGAAACACAGGACCUAGUCACUUACUUGAAUUUAUUUGGUCCAGGGUGGAGCUAUCUCAGACUGAGUCUUCAGCAUGUGAGCAGCAGGGAACUAUCUCACUAGACAUCAUUCGUCAGGGAAAUUUGGCCAUAUCGUCAUAUAUUUCUGUCAAGGUAAAGGAGGUAACUGCAACUGCCGGGAAGGAUUUCCUCGUAAACCCUUCUACACUCAUUCAGUUUGAUCCAGGAGUGUCUAAGCGAAGGUGGCAAACUGAGAUCAUUCAAGAUCACCUUGAGGAGGCUGAGGAGACAUUUGAAGUGCUGCUGGUCUCUCCUGAAGGCACAGUCAUUGGCAGCAUCAACAAGGCUCAACUUACCAUCAGGGACUCAGGAGAAGGGCAGUGCAGGCUAAACCAGAAUCAGGAGGCUCCAGUUCUUGGAGGACAGGAGAUUCGGUCUAACGCAUACCCUCAGCAUGGAUCCAUCCACCUAGAGAAACUUCCCCUUGGCACAGAAUCAAUCAUCUGGACCCGUGGAGACAGCAUCCCAAGGGCAGGGGCAGAACUCCCCCAAAAGAAACUUAAAGUUAUAGGCAAUCCAAAGUCAAUUGCACCAUCAUCAGUUUUCCACAAUGGAACAGACACAGUUUACACAUAUCAUGGCAUCAUGCAAAUGCAAGUAGAAGAUGACACCUCCCCAUCCAGGAUGGGCAGAAAGGCAAACAUCCGGGUGGUUAGCAGGGGGGCGCAACAGCGGCAGUCAGUUGUGUCAAAGUCACAUCUUCAAAGAGACAUCUUAAAACCCCAGAAAACCGGAGUGGCUGAGGGACACACUGCAGCUGGUAACCCAGUCCCCAAGCCCUGUGUGCCAGAACUGAUGGGCCUCCUGCACUUUAACCAGGCCACCAAUGAGCUCUUACACUGCAACGGCGUCUCCUGGAAACCUUGGGCGCCAACUGAUAAGAUGGUGAGUGCUCAGAUGUGUCCUCGAGGCUGGACCUUUCAUGGUGGUCAUUGCUACAUUGUCAGUACUGAGCAGAAGGUCACAUGGAGCACAGCAAACAGGGCCUGCAGGGAAAGAUUUAAAGCAACACUAGCAAGUGUUCUCUCUAAAGGUGACAUGGAGUGGCUGUGGGAUUUCAGUGGAAGAAGACCAUUCUGGAUAGGCCUGCACGACAGGGAGGGCCGAGGACACUGGGAGUGGGUUGGAGGCGAGCCGGUCAGCUACACCAACUGGAGGAAAAUGCCUCUUCAGUCCAAAAGAAAAGAAAGCAAAAAGUGUGUCCUGGUUUGGAGAAGGGCAAAGUGGCAAAUGAGAGACUGCAAGACAAGCAGAGGUCAGCGCUUUGUCUGUUCAGUUAAAAUCUGAAUUCAGCACUGUACGGUAUAUGAUCUGACAACGAGGAGCCAACGACGUUUGAGCAGAGCUGAAAGGAAGGAGUGGGCCUCCGGACAUUAAACUGCAAUACCAGACAAAUUUCCAAUAACGAUCUUUGGGAAGUUGCUAAAACUGUUACUGAUAUUUGUAAUAAAAUUAAUGACAGUUAAGAUGUUGCAUAACCUCUACCUGUAUCCAGGUUACAACACAUUUGCUUCAGUUAAUGAGUGAAAGGACUGCUGCAUAAAGCACAUAAGAUUUUUUUUAUAAAAGUAUCAGGUGUCUUUUUCUGUUUGCUUACUGUUAUUUGGAAAUUGUUUUUUUUUUUUGUUUUGUUUCAAGAGUCUGCAAAAUAAAUCUCUCUUUAUCACUUUAUAUUUCAUUUAUAUGAUAUUAUAUACUUUUCUGUAUGUAUUCCAGUACUUAUGGCUUUCACAUGUCCCCUAUGAAAAUAUAAUGAAAAUGUCUGUGUGCAUUCUACUUACCAUGAUGCUUCCUAAAAUAAUGACUGGGGCCUUUUUUUACAUCAGCUGCAGAAGGCAGCAGGCUUCUGUUUGAUGCAGGCGUGUUUAAUGGCAGACACAAAUGCCUCUGCUGUUCGAGGUUUCCUGCAAAAUCACUUUACUCUUCACGGGGUGCAGAACGUCACUUCGUCCACAUUCAUGUGUAUUAAAACAGGGAUAGUCAUCAAAUGAGCCACUAACUCAGUGGUUCUCAAAUCCAGGCCUCGUGGCCAGGUGUCCUGCAGGUUUUAGAUGUGUCCCUGAUUCAACACACCUGAAUCAAAUGGCUGAAUUACCUUCUCGGUAUGCAGUCAGGU